AUGGUCAAAAACAACCCCUGUAUUCGUCAUUUCUCCAGAACGCUGAUCGACCGCUUGCAGUUGUUUGAGGAGGAGCGACUUCCCUGGUAUCGCGCGGACCAAUUCUAUCCCGUGCAUACAGGAGAGACAUUCUUCUCCAAGUACAAGGUUGUGGGCAAGCUUGGAUACGGUCCUACUGUUUGGCUCUGCCGAGAUAUGAGCAGAGAUUCUGGCUUUGUAGCUCUUAAAGUCUGUACCCGGGAUAAUAUUGGGUCUUUGCGAAAUGAUCGAGACCUGAAAAUUUACGAGCAUCUGGAAAAGCACUCAUGUCUCAUUCAGCCUCCAAUGCAUAUGACUAUCCGGGAGCUUCAGUGCUGCAAUCCAUCGAAGCGGCUUAACGAGCAGAUUUUAAACUGGACUCUUUUCAACCUGCUUAGGGGGCUCACUUUCCUUCACGAUGAAGUGAGAGUGGUUCACACCGACAAUAAUCCCUCGAACAUCAUACUAAGCAUUGAGGAUGAAUCUCUACUCCCAGAAUUCGAACGAGCGGAAGCCGAAGAACCAUCACCAAUGAAAGUGAUCGAUGAAUUUCGGACGAUCUAUGGUUCUCGAAGAUUUAGUCUUCCGAAAGACUCACGUUGGGGCCAGCCGGUCCUGUGUGACUUUGAAGAAGCGCGGAUUGGCCAGACCCAUAAGGUUUUGUUCAAUAUGGAAUGGAGUUGUAGUGUUGACAUCUGGAAUCUAGCUGUUUUGCUCAAAGACGUGUCGGCAACACACCAUGUUGCUGCGAUGCUGGGGUACCUUGGAAGCCCCCCUUUCCAGUAUCUCGGUCGGAGCGAAGUCACAAAUAAUGUCUUUGAUGAGAAAGGUCACUGGAAAGGUGCGGGAGAUGUCACAGUGCCAGAAAUGUCUCUUGAGCGAGCUGAGAUUAUCUUGGAAGUGAAUAGAAAAGGCAGUAAUGCACAUGCAACGCAGACGCGUAUCUGCAUGCACGUCAUCCUACACACAUGA